GUCUUUGGGUUCUGUCGCGACCCUUGAGGAUAAAUCAGACGAGCCAGGUGAUUCUCAGUUCGGCGCCCAUCACCAGAAACCAUGCAGAUCCUCAGACCACAGGACUCCGGAUUCAGAUGCGAGGAACCGAGUGUGCAUACACGCCCGAGAGUGCAAAGCGGAGACCGGGUCCGGCUGCACGUCUGAUGCUGUCAUGAGCCCAUUUGCAGAUGGAAAGCCGUGCGUAAAAGCAGAACCAAGAGUCCAAAAGACGCGCGUCAUGACCAUAAAGUAGCUCGUCACACAAUUUUCGGAUUUCUGUCUGCAUUUCUCUGAUUUUGCAUUUGUUCAGCGGUUUCAAUUAAACAAACAGUUUUUUAGGGAGAUAAUUCGUGGAGAGCUCAACGCAGCCGCUGCGCGUACCGGAGUUUGCGCGCACGCGUCUCGCUAAAAACUCACGCGAACAGUCAAGCGCAAGGAUUUAUCUAAAAUCUGACAUCCACAACUGAAAGAUGGAUAACGUGCCAUAUUUUCUGUCAGUCUAUGUACUCAUUUUCUCCCUCGGAUUUAGGAUAGAAGAAGGGGUGUGCCAACAUUUCUUCCACCUCCGUCCCAUUCCCAGCGAUAAUCUCCCUUUAGAGGUACUCAAGGAGCACCCGGACCCCACAUUGGACCCUAAAGAGAACGAUCUGAACGAAACCGAACUCAGAGCCAUACUGGGCAGUCACUUCGACCAGAACUUUAUGUCUAUAACUCCACCCGAGGACAAAUACGCAGGACUCGACGACCUGAACGAAUCGGAACUCACGAAGCUGCGUCCCACCGGCACCAUGCCCAAAGACAUCAAAGCGAUGGAGUUCGAGAUCCAGCAUGGUAAAAAACACAAGCCCAGUAAGAAACUUAGAAGAAGGCUUCAGCUUUGGCUGUGGAACUAUACUUUCUGUCCGGUGGUGCAUACAUGGCAGGACUUGGGGGGCAGAUUCUGGCCCCGCUAUGUGAAGGUGGGCAGCUGCUACAGUAAAAGGUCUUGUUCGUUUCCAGAAGGGAUGGUUUGCAAACCUGCCAAAUCUACCCAUUUUACAAUUUUGAGAUGGAGGUGCCAGCACAGAAAGGGUGGACUUAAAUGCGCUUGGAUACCAAUUCAGUACCCCGUUAUUUCAGAGUGCAAAUGCUCCUGCCCGAACUGAAAUAAGCUACAGGCUCAUUUUCACAUGCACUGUCAAAUGUGGGAAUGUAUUAUGUAUAUGUUGUGCCAUUUUAGGUGACACUUUACAUUGGUGUUCAUGUUACUGUUUCAAUUACAUAAGUUAAGUAUGGACUUAUGUAAUUAUUUUGUGGAGCUGCUUGUCAACAUAUGGUUAUUUGUCUUUACUAUAGUAAUAAGUACAGUAACAUGCGUGACAUGGACACAGUAAUGUAAAGUGAUUCAUUUGUAAAGAAAAAAAGGUCAGUAUUUGCCUACAAUAAUUACUAUUGUCUACUGUAAUUGCUAAGCAUCAUGUUGUUCUAAUGUAACUCUAUACAUAUUUAUGUCAAAGAACAUUUCGCGUUGCGGAAAAUCAAAGUGCUAUUGAAGGAAUUCCAAGCCUUUUCCAUUAUUCGGAAAAAAAACUUUAUCUUUAUACACCUCAGACUGAAGAAUAUAGAUUACAGUCUCGGUGUGCUGUAAAUAUAAGGGGAAUGGAAAAUAACUGCUCAUGUAAAUUAAAUAAAGAAACGUCUAUUUAUUCUUUGUUCAAUAUGUAGUCCAAAUGCAUU